AUGGAGGAUUACCAUGACCUCCAGAAUCAAAUAGAGGGGCUGAUCUGCAGAGGCCACCUUGGACACUAUCUCAGGGAACCCGAGGAAGCCACUCCACACCACAAGGAACCUGUCAAAAGACAAAUCGAUGUUAUCUUCGGGGGGCCUGCAGUUGGCGGCAAUAGCUUUGCGACAAGAAAAGCCUACACCAGUAGCAUGGUCGAGAAACAUCCCCGGCCCGAAAUCGAGCCUGAAAUCACUUUCAGGGCCGAAGAAGUCGAGCACUCCCACUAUGAUGACGCCUUGGUAAUCUCCAUUCAAGUCACCAAUGCUCGAGUAAAAAGGGUGAUGGUCGACACUGGGAUCUCCGCCGACAUUCUUUACUUCGAUGCCUUCCGGAGGCUUGGCUUGACCGAGAGAGACCUCACCCCCAUGGCGUCCGCACUCACAGGAUUCACGGGGGAUUCUAUAUCCCCGCUCGGGACUACGGCCCUCCCUGUCACCAUCGGGGAGGAACCAAGAGUGAAGACAAUGAUAACCACCUUUAUGGUGGUAAACCUCCCCUCGGCUUACAACAUCAUCUUCGGCUGA